AUGGCCCUGAUCGUCCACCUGAAGACCGUCACCGACCUGCGAGGCAAAGGCGACCGGAUCGCCAAAGUGGCCUUUCGAGGCCUCUCCUUCUACACCAGAGUGCUUGAGAACUGUGAGGAUGAAGCUCCGUUUGAUGAGACAUUCCGGUGGCCAAUUGCCAGCAGUAUUGAUGUUAAUGAGAUGUUGGAAAUUCAAGUGUUCAACUACAGCAAAGUCUUCUCCAACAGACUCAUUGGGACAUUCCGGAUGGUCUUGCAGAAGGUGGUGGAAGAAGGACAGCUGGAGGUGACAGACACGCUAAUAGAUGACAACAACGCGGUCAUUCGGACCAGCGUCUCCAUCGAGAUUAGGUACCAGGCCAUGGAUGGCACAGUCGGCGCUUGGAACGACGAGGAAUUCUUGGAGAGCCCCAAUGCACGUUCAGAGGGUGACCCCUAUGAGAUGGACACCCUGCCUCCCAGUCACAGGCAGUCUCCCAGCAAGGCCAGCGCUGCAGAGAGGGCUCUCCGGAGAGCUGGGAAAGGAGUCUUUUCAGCCAUGAAGCUUGGCAAGGCACGCGCUUCAAAGGAUGACCACAGGAAGCAAGAUGAGCCAGCCAUUCUGGAAGCCGAAGACUUGGAUCGGAAAGCAAUGCGGCUUGGAGGCGGCUUGGAUCCAGACACAAUCUCCCUGGCAUCAGUCACAGCUGUCACCACCAAUGUCUCUAACAAGAGAUCCAAGCCAGAUAUUAAAAUGGAGCCCAGUGCUGGAAGACCCAUGGAUUACCAGGUCAGCAUCACUAUAGUUGAGGCACGGCAGCUGGUGGGGCUCAACAUGGACCCUGUGGUAUGCGUGGAGGUGGGGGAGGAGAAGAAAUACACAUCCAUGAAGGAAUCAACCAACUGCCCCUACUACAACGAGUAUUUUGUCUUCGACUUCCAUGUUCCCCCAGAUGUCAUGUUUGACAAGAUCAUCAAAUUAUCGGUGAUUCACUCCAAGAACCUGCUGCGUAGUGGAACUUUGGUGGGCUCUUUCAAAAUGGAUGUAGGGACUGUUUACUCCCAGCCUGAGCAUCAGUUCUACCACAAGUGGGCCAUCCUGUCUGACCCAGAGGACAUCACAGCAGGCCUGAAAGGUUACCUGAAGGUUGAUGUUGCUGUGGUGGGCAAAGGGGACAACAUCAAGACACCACACAAAGCUAACGAGACAGAUGAGGACGACAUUGAGGGGAACCUGCUACUUCCAGAUGGUGUUCCUCCAGAAAGGCAGUGGGCUCGCUUUUAUAUCAAGAUCUACCGGGCAGAGGGUCUUCCACGUAUGAAUACCAGCAUCAUGGCUAAUGUGAAGAAGGCCCUCAUUGGUGAAAACAAAGAUCUGGUAGACCCUUAUGUCCAAGUGAUGUUUGCAGGACAGAAGGGGAAGACCUCUGUCCAGAAAAGCAGCUAUGAGCCUCUAUGGAACGAGCAGAUUGUCUUCACAGAGAUGUUCCCCCCACUCUGCAAGCGAAUCAAGGUCCAGAUCCGAGACUCCGACAAAGUUAAUGAUGUGGCCAUCGGGACCCACUUCAUCGACCUGAGGAAGGUCUCCAACGAAGGAGACAAAGGCUUUCUGCCCACAUUUGGUCCUGCCUGGGUGAACAUGUACGGCUCUACCCGAAACUACACUUUAAUGGACGAACACCAGGACUUGAAUGAAGGUCUGGGAGAGGGAGUUUCCUUCCGUGCCCGUCUACUCAUUGGCCUGUCAGUGGAGAUCUUAGAUACCAACAACCCUGAGAUCACCAGUUCCACAGAGGUUCAGUUGGAACAGGCCACGCCUGUCGCCGAUAACUGCACGGGCAAGAUGGAGGAAUUCUUCCUCUUUGGGUCCUUCCUGGAAGCCACCAUGAUCGACAGAAAGAAUGGAGACAAGCCGAUCAACUUUGAGGUCACAAUAGGUAAUUAUGGCAACGAGAUUGAUGGCAUGUCCAAGCCUGUCAUCAAGAAGAAGAGAGAAGGUGGGGUUGGCAACGAAGAGGCAUCGGAGUUGUUACAGAACUCAAGUGAUGAAGAAGGCAAUGACGAAGAAGAGUUUGUCUCCAUCUCUACUACUCCCCCAAUGAGGCCUUUGGUCACCGACAGGAAUUACUUCCACUUGCCAUAUUUUGACAAGAAGCCUUGCAACUACAUCAAGAGUUGGUGGCAGGACCAGAGACGGCGUCUCUACAAUGCAAACAUCAUGGACAAGAUUGGUGACAAGCUGGAAGAGGGUCUGAACGAUGUACAUGAGAUGAUCAAGACAGAGAAGCCCCACCCUGAGCGCCGUCUCCGAGGGGUUCUGGAAGAGCUGAGCAGCGGGUGCCUGCGAUUUGUGACCCUCGCUAACAAAGACCAGAACCACUCUUCUCGCACACGACUGGACCGAGAGAGGCUGAAAUCUUGCAUGAGGGAGCUGGAGACCAUGGGUCAGCAAGCGAAAACCUUGCGGUCCCAGGUGAAAAAAACCACUAUCAGGGAGAAGCUGAAGCAGUCACAGAACUUCCUACAAAAGCUGCGAUUCCUGGCAGAUGAGCCCCAGCACAGCAUCCCUGACAUCUUCAUCUGGAUGAUGAGCAACAAUAAGCGCAUUGCUUAUGCCCGCAUCCCCUCCAAGGACAUCCUCUACUCUAUUGUGGAUGAGGAAAUGGGCAGAGACUGUGGGAAAGUGAAGACUGUCUUCCUCAAGUUACCCGGCAAAAAGGGGUUUGGGCCAGCUGGCUGGACUGUGCAGGCCAAAAUGGAGGUCUACAUGUGGCUGGGCCUCAACAAGCAGCGGAAAGACUUCCUCAAUGGCCUACCCUGCGGCUUCGAGGAGAGGAAACUGCCCAAAGGACAAGGCAUUCCUUUCUUCCCUCCCAUCAGCCUCCUCUACACCAUGAAGCAGGUCUUCCAGCUGCGAGUCCACAUGUACCAGGCCAGGAGUUUGUUUGCCGCAGACAGCAGUGGUCUGUCUGAUCCUUUUGCCAGGGUUUUCUUCAUCACUCAGAGCCAGUGCACUGAGGUCCUCAAUGAAACACUUUGCCCUACCUGGGACCAACUGCUGGUGUUUGACAAUGUAGAGUUGUAUGGAGAAGUCCACGAGAUGCGGGAUGACCCUCCCAUUAUUGUCAUUGAGAUCUAUGACCAAGACACAGUGGGGAAGGCCGACUUCAUGGGUCGAACAUUUGCUAAGCCUGUGGUGAAGAUGUCGGAUGAGGAGUACUGUCCCCCCCGUUUCCCACCCCAGCUGGAGUACUACCAGAUCUACAGGGGGAAUUCCACUGCCGGUGACCUGCUGGCUGCCUUCGAGUUGCUCCAGAUUGGCCCAGCUGGGAAGUCAGAUCUGCCUCCCAUUGAUGGCCCUACAGACAUAGAGAGGGGCCCCAUCCUGCCAGUGCCUCUGGGUAUCCGUCCUGUGUUGAGCAAAUACAGAGUGGAGAUAUUGUUCUGGGGACUGAGAGACCUGAAACGUGUGAAUUUGGCCCAAGUGGAUCGGCCUCGAGUGGACAUUGAAUGUGCUGGAAAGGGAGUCCAAUCAUCUCUCAUCCAGAACUACAAGAAAAACCCCAAUUUCAGCACCUUAGUCAAGUGGUUUGAAGUGGAUCUGCCAGAAAAUGAGCUCCUCCAUCCUCCCCUGAAUAUCCGUGUGGUUGACUGUCGUGCCUUUGGGCGAUACACACUGGUGGGAAGCCACGCUGUCAACUCCUUGCGCAAGUUCAUCUAUCGGCCUCCAGAUAAGAAAGCCCAGCACUGGAGCAAAACAGCUAAGCUCCUGAAUGCCUAUGCAGCCCUGGCAAACGGAGGCCCCUACUCUCACCCUGCAGGUGAAAUUGUAGUCAACGUUGAGCCUGAGGUUCCCAUCAAGAAAAUGGAGACUAUGGUGAAGCUGGAAGCGAACUCUGAUGCGGUCGUUAAGGUGGAGCCGUCGGAAGAAGAGAAGGAGAAAAAGAAGAAAAAGAAGAAAGGAGGAGCAGACGAGAUUGAAGACGACGAGCCUGACGAGAGCAUGCUGGACUGGUGGUCAAAGUAUUUUGCUUCCAUAGAGACAAUGAAGGAGCAACUUCGGCAACAGGAGGCAGCUGCAGCAGAGGCAGAGGAGAAGGAAGAAAUGGACCUGACUGAGGGCUCCAAGGGCCAAGGGAAGGCCAAGGAGAAAAUCAAGGCGCCCAAAGAGGACAAGAAGAAGAAACAGCAGCAACAGCAGCAGCCUCAGCAACCAGAAGUACCUGAGAAGAAGAACAAGCAGAAGAUCGAUGAGAUGAAGGUCUUUCCCAAAGAGCUGGAAACAGAAUUUGACAACUUCGAGGACUGGCUGCAUACCUUCAACCUCUUGCGCGGGAAGAUUGGUGAUGACGACGACAACGCAGCUGAUGAGGAGCGCAUCGUGGGCAGGUUCAAGGGCUCUAUGUGUGUAUACAAAGUGCCGCUCCCUGACGACAUCACCAAGGAGGCUGGAUAUGACCCAAAUUUUGGCAUGUUCCAGGGAAUCCCAAGCAACGAUCCCAUCAAUGUGCUGGUCCGGGUCUACGUCGUUAGGGCCACCGAUCUGCAUCCUGCUGACAUCAAUGGGAAAGCUGAUCCCUAUGUUGUCAUCAAGCUGGGAAAGACAGACAUCAAGGAUAAAGAGAACUACAUUUCCAAGCAGCUGAACCCGGUCUUCGGAAAGUCCUUUGAUAUUGAGGCCACAUUCCCUAUGGAAUCUAUGCUGACAGUGGCUAUCUAUGAUUGGGACUUGGUGGGCUCUGAUGAUCUGAUUGGUGAAACAAAGAUAGACCUGGAGAAUCGAUACUACAGCAAGCACAGGGCAACUUGUGGUAUCUCUAGUACCUAUUCCAUUCAUGGUUAUAAUAUUUGGCGAGACCCCCAAAAGCCCACUCAGAUCCUGUCCAAACUAUGUAAAGAGGGCAAACUUGAUGGUCCCCACUAUGGCCCUGGGGGCAGAGUGAAGGUUGUCAACCGAGUAUUCACUGGCCCCACAGAAUUGGAGGAUGAGAAUGGUCAGAAGAAGCAAACAGAUGAGCAUCUGGCACUGACGGUGUUGCACCACUGGGAAGAGAUCCCUCGUGUGGGCUGCAAGAUUGUGCCUGAGCACGUGGAAACACGCCCCCUGCUCAACCCUGACAAGCCAGGCAUUGAACAGGGACGACUGGAGUUGUGGGUAGACAUGUUCCCCAUGGAUAUGCCGGCACCGGGCCCAGCCAUUGACAUCUCACCAAGGAAGCCAAAGAAAUACGAGCUUAGAGUGAUAGUGUGGAACACUGAUGAGGUAAUCCUGGAGGACGAUGAUUACUUCACUGGCGAGAAAUCCAGUGACAUUUUUGUCCGGGGGUGGCUAAAGGGGCAACAAGAAGACAAGCAGGACACCGACGUCCACUACCACUCCCUGACCGGGGAGGGCAACUUCAACUGGCGCUAUAUCUUUCCUUUCGACUAUCUAGCAGCUGAGGAGAAGAUCGUCAUCUCUAAGAAAGAGUCUAUGUUCUCCUGGGACGAGACCGAGUACAAGAUACCGGCCCGACUCACGCUACAGGUGUGGGAUGCCGACCACUUUUCCGCUGAUGACUUCCUUGGAGCUAUUGAGCUUGACUUGAACCGCUUCCCGCGUGGCGCUAAGACAGCCAAGCAAUGCAGCAUGGAGUUGGGAACUGGCGAGGCAGAAGUGCCCAUGAUUUCCAUCUUCAAGCAGAAGAGGGUGAAGGGCUGGUGGCCCUUCUUGGCAAGAGACGAGAAUGAUGAAAUGGAGAUCACGGGGAAAGUGGAAGCUGAGCUGCACCUUCUGACAGCCGAGGAAGCAGAGAAAAGCCCGGCCGGGCUGGCUCGUAACGAGCCCGACCCAUUGGAGAAACCCAAUCGUCCGGACACAUCCUUUAUCUGGUUCCUGAACCCACUCAAGUCUAUCAAGUACCUCAUCUGCACUCGUUACAAAUGGCUCAUCAUCAAGAUCGUUCUGGCCCUCCUGCUGGUCAUCAUGGUUGGCCUCUUCCUCUACUCCAUGCCAGGCUACAUGGUCAAGAAGCUUUUGGGGGCAUGA